CACACUGAAUCGAAUGAGGGAGAAUCCAGCAUUUAAAGAAUUGUUGAAGGAAUUGGAAUCUAGUACCACCUGCCAGUUUUUAACUCUUUAUUCGUUUCUAAUGUUACCAAUGCAGAGGAUAACGAGAUGGCCACUUUUAUUAGACGCCAUUUUGAAAAGACUUUCAGAAACUGAUCCUGAGUAUCUCACGUGCCAAUUCGCAUUAGCAAGUUUGAAUGAAAUAGUGGGACAAUGUAACGAUGCAGCUAGAAAAAAGGAGCAAGAAAUUGAACUGAAACGGAUAUCUCAUUCACUUGACUUCGCUAAAGCACUACCUGCUAUAGACAUUCAAAAGCCUGAAAGGUGGCUGAUAAAAUCAGGACAAGUUACUUCUUUCCAACCAAGAAAUGGAGAUACACAAAUGACUCUGGGAAAGAGGUUCAACAAGGUUCCUCUGCAUUUGUUUUUGUUUAAUGACCUGUUUAUCGUAACGAAGAAAAAAAGUGAUGAAUCUUACUCGGUGAUACACUACUGCCCUAGAAAUAUGAUAGAACUUCGCAGAGUUGACACGUUCCCAACAAUAUUGAAGAAGGAAGCACAAGAUAAAAGGAACAACUUCAUUUAUUUGUCCAUAUUGGAAAAUCAGGAAGGAAAAAUCAUCGAAUUGCUUCUCUCCAGCAGCACGGAAAGUGACAAAGAGCGAUGGAUCGAGGCUUUCAGCCCUCCGCAGUCGGAAAAUCCUGACGAGACCGUAUACGAAUGCUGGGACUGCCCCCAAAUGAAGGCGCUGCACAAUUACAAUGCCUGUCAGCCUGAUGAAUUAUCCUUGUCUAAAGGAGACGUCAUUAAUGUUCUACGGAAAAUGAACGAUGGUUGGUACCACGGCGAAAGACUGAGAGAUGGACAAAUGGGGUGGUUUCCAGCUAACUAUACAACUGAAAUAAUCAAUCCACAUGUACGAGCUAGAAAUCUGCGUCAGAGAUAUAGGCUUCUGACAUUUUCAGAAAAUUACUUGAAUUCCUCAUGAGAUAUUCCCAGUUCUCAUUAUAUACCCACGAGAAGUAUUUUUAUAAAGUUGUUUUGUAUUUAUCUUGUUAUGUAAUAAAUUGCUAAAACUGUU